AAGCUAUAGUUGAAGUAUAUGUUAAGAGAUACCCAUUUAACUUUAAUAUUAAGUCUUUUACUUUGUUAAUUUCAUUUUCACCUUUAAAUGCAGAUAGCUUUACUCUUGGAUCUACCAAUGAAGAAAUUUGUGAUGAUUCAUCUAAAAUUAUGGUAGAUCAAUAUACAAAUAGAUUAGUUACUUCUGGUAUUUCAGAUGAAAAAUGGAAUAAAACUUAUAAAACUGCUAAAUAUUUAGCUUGUAUUAAUGCUAAUGAUCCAUUAUUGAUAGUUAAAGAAAUGAAUAAUAAGAGAGAAAAUUGUCAAAGCUAUUUAAGAGAUUGUUUACAAUUUAAGGCUCAAUUUAAUGAAGAAGAAUAG